ACCUCACUUCUUGGCAGACAUGAACCGCGCACUCAUUGGUCGAUUGUGAGUCAUUAUGAUGUCGCCCGCCUCAUGAAUAUCGUCAGAAAGUCAAGUGAAACGAAGGUGAAAGACAGCUGAGCGGAUCUAAGGUUGUCCUCUCACUGACAAGUGAGAUAGAUACACCAACAAUGUCACACUCUACGAAAGGCCGCGCGGGAGGCGUCUUGCCCGUGAACGCAGCAACGAGGAAGAACGCAUCAGCACAAUCUACGCCGAAGUCGUCCUCAAGAACUCCCGCUCCGAGACUCAGAUUGGUUGUUAGGCGACUACCACCAGGCUUGACCGAGACUGAAUUUUGGACCGUCCUUGGCGAUGACUGGAAAGUCGGAGCUGGGAGAGUCGACUGGGCAGCCUUCAGAGAUGGCAAGAUCUCAAGAGACCCAGCAAAACCUUCACGACCAGCUAGAGCAUACAUCAAAGUGAAGGAACAAUCAUUGCUCGAGUCGUUGUCCACAGUGGUGAAACAAUCAUCAUUCCAGGACGCCAAAAACACGACAAAGGACCCUUGCCUACUAGGACCUCCAUCUCUAGAAUUUGCCCCAUACAACAAAAUACCAAGUGGGCGUGGCAGAAAUGAUGGCCGACAGGGCACGAUCGACCAGGACCAGGAAUUCAUUGAUUUCUUACAGAGUCUCACCGAGCCGGUCACUAAAGCAGCUGCGAAUGGAGCAGACGUAGGGGACUCCAAGGACAAGGUCUCAACCACGCCUCUUGUCCAGUUUAUCAAGGAGAAAAAGGCAAACAAAGCGAAAGAGGCGUCUCAGGCUAGAGCAGCUAAAGCUCGUGAGAACAAGGAUGCCAAAACCACCAAACCGGAGACUCGGUCGCCAGUUGUUAUUAAAGGUAAAGCUGCGCCAGCUGCGGAAAAAGAGCGAGUUGCCAAAGCCACCGAAGAUGCAGUCAAGGCAAUUAACAAAUCAGUUGCUGCCAUGCAAAGCAAACAGCAGACCUCAGCAAAGGGCGAUGCGAAGCAGCCUGCAAAGGAGACACAGCCUCCCGUGCCAAAUGCGACGCCGCCGAAGCGGGAGCGCGAGAGAGGAAACGCAAGCGCCGCCGCACGCAUGCUUCAACGUGAUCUGGGCUUGGUAGCCAAAGAGAACAAAACACAAAGAACUCCCAAGUCCUCAAACGCAACCAGCAACGCCGAGACUACGUCGUCAUCCUCACCGAAGCCUGUUGCUGCUCCCACAGCGCCGAAGUCAGACUCCACUGCUGAGCAAAAAGGGUCCACUGCCUCUGCGACGACCGCUUCAGCCCCAACAGGUCCGCGAGCAUCACGCACACCCAGUGCUGCAUCAGCGAAGCCUUCUACAACACCUUCACAACGACCAGCGAAAUCUGCACCUCAGCCUUCUACCGGAGCAAAAUCCGCCUUCCUCAAGCAUGCGAACCCGUCGCAGGGCAUCACCGAGGAAUUGCUACAGACGGUGUUCCAGGAGUUCGGCACGAUUUUGCGCUGUGAAAUUGACAAGAAGAAAGGGCUGGGGUAUGUCGACUUCAGCGAGGCCGAAGGUUUAAAGAAAGCGAUGGCUGCGAGUCCGGUCAAGGUUGGAAAUGGCCAGGUGGUCGUGCUCGAGAACAAGUCGCCAUAUGUGAAGCGCGGUGGUGGUGGUGGUGGUGGUCAAGGCACUGAAAAGCAGGCGAAUGCCCCUUCCGCAAAAGCUGCAGCAAGUGCUUCCACGCAAAACGAGUCAGGGAAACCACUUUCACCUGCAACUAAUGUCCCGCUCAAAGAGACCACAGCACCGCCUACACCGACCGCGCCCUCCGCUCUUGCCUCGACCACGCCAGCGACGACGGCACCAGCUGGGGCCACACCACCAACUGCACCGCGAGGCACACCGCGUGGUGGCGGUGCAAGUGGAAACCGAGGGGGUCGGGGUGGUGGUGGUGGCGGUACCGGUAGCGGUGGGGCAGCUCGAGGAGGCUCACGCGGUGGCGGACAGGGAGCCAAACAAGGACAACGAGGAGGUAGGGGUGGGAAGCGUGGUGGUGCAGGUGCAGCUGGAAAUGGAAAUACUGCUUCUUCAGCAGACGGUGGUGCGAGUCCUGCUCCUGUUCCAGCUUCGGCCCCAACUCCAGCCAAGGCUAAAGAAGAAGCGAAGAAGGACUGAAUGCCAUGUGCUCAGAAUGGUGCAACAAUGUAGGUAGAAGCUACGUGGCUUGUGAGCGCAGCGCAGAUUCCCAUUCUGUAUGUGUGAACGGUACCAUGCCAAUGUCUCUUGCUUCUACGAGGUAUAUAGAUACGAAUUCAACAGUGAUUGGAACGCAAAGAAGCA